AGCCCUCUGCACCUCAUCCACCAGGACCAGCGGCCGAACCAUGAAGUUCCUCAUCGUUGUUCUGCUUGGCGCUGUGCUGGUCGAGGGGCUCGUCAGGGUCCCGCUGACUAAGCACAAGUCGAUGCGUGAAGCGCUCAGGGAGAAGGGCAUCGAGAUGCCCUACCAGGACCCCGCCACGAAGUACAUGGCCAACGAGUUUGCCGGCUCCAACAGCAUGUACAUCAACAACUACGCAGACAGCACCUACUACGGAGCCAUCAGCAUCGGCACUCCGCCCCAGGCCUUCCAGGUUCUGUUUGACACCGGUUCCUCCAACCUGUGGGUGGAUUCCGCCCUGUGCAACACUCAGGCCUGCAGCGUGCACACAAAGUUCUACCCCCAGCAGUCCUCCACAUACUCACGCAACGGGCAGACUGUCUACAUCCCCUAUGGAGCCGGAAGCCUUUAUGGCGUCUUUGGCUAUGACACUGUGUCUGUCGCAGGCAUCGUGGUCCCCCACCAGGAGAUCGGACUGAGCACCAGCGAGCCGACACAGCCCUUCGCUUCCGCCAAGUUUGACGGCAUCCUCGGCCUGGCCUACCCACGCAUCUCCUCCGGCGGAGAGACCCCCGUCUUUGACAACAUGAUGUCCGAUAACCUGCUGCAGUCCAACAUCUUCGCCUUCUACCUUUCCAGGGGGGGUGCUCAGGGCAGUGAGCUGACUCUCGGAGAUGUGGACAACAACAGGUACCAGGGCUCCAUCUACUGGACCCCAGUCACCUCAGAGAGCUACUGGCAGAUUGGUAUCCAAGGGUUCCAGAUCAACGGCCGCAGCACUGGCGUGUGCUCCCAGGGAUGCCAGGCCAUCGUGGACACUGGCACGUCCACUCUGACCGCCCCAGGCCAUUACAUCGGAGUGAUCAUGCAAAGUAUUGGAGCCCAGCGGAGCCAGUAUGGCCAGUACAUGGUGGCCUGCAGCUCGGUGAACAACCUGCCCACCCUCUCCUUCGUGAUCAGUGGAGUGGCGCUGCCCCUGCCCCCCUCUGCUUACAUCGCCCAGCACCACCAGAACGGGUACCAGUACUGCAGCGUGAACAUCGGGCCCACCUACCUGCCCUCCCAGAGCGGACAGCCCCUGUGGAUCUUUGGGGACGUCUUCCUGAGGGAGUACUACUCCAUCUACGACCGCACCAACAACCGCGUGGGCUUCGCCACCGCCGCCUGAGCCACUCGGUGGUGACUCACUCGCUCGCUGGCCCCCAGAACCACCAUCCACACGUCAAACACAUCUCUAGCACAAACAACGUUGGUGCCCGCUGCACAGCUCUAGGGAGGCACCCUGGACGUUCCUGAGCGGGAGAGCCAUCGAUUGUCUGUCUUGAAAAUGUGCGUGAAUAAUGUCUGAUUCAAAGUUCCACUUUUGAGUUGUUAUGGGGUUUGAUUCCAACACAGAGAAGCAGAGUGUAGGAUUUCUUCUGAACACACAAUUUGAGAAGUAGAUUUUUCUGAAAUUCCAUCAUGUGUGUGAUUUGACGAAUA